ACACUUUAUCACUGUAUCUUUUUAAAUGGGUAUUUGUUUCUUGAAGAUUUUGUUAGCGAACAACUGUAAUUUGAGGAGUGCGUCCAGCACCAAACGGGCAGCUAGCUCUGAUGGGAUAUUUUAACCUAGUUCUGCACAGGCGCUCCAGGUUUUCGCGGUAGUAAUCGGAAACAAAUUCAGGUUUCGGUAUAGGCCUACGCAAGACUCCCUGCAAAUGCUUCAAGAUGGUUUGGUGCAAAGGAAUUGUUCUUGUAUUUGGGAUUUUGGCGUUCUUUUGUGGAUCAAUACUUGCUGUUUUAGGUCCUGGAGACAAAUAUAAUGGAUAUCAAGUUUGGCGCGUAGUACCUACCAACGUAGACCAAAUCAGAAGUCUCAUUAAACUCGAGCACAACUUCGAUGGAUUCGAUUUAGUCGACUUCUGGAGAGAGGCGACACCGUCGUCGCUUCACCGUCCGGUCGACAUCAUGGUUCCACCGAGCCUACGUAAUAACCUCCGUGACAUCCUGACGUCCCUUUCUCUCGACAUCGAAAUCAACAUCCCUGACGUUGGAGCUCUAGUGACUGGCCAGAUGUCAGAGAUUCAAACGAGACGCGCGAACGAGCCAGUCGGUACAGCAGCCCUGUCAGAUUUCGACUACACACGGUACCACACUUACGAUGAGAUCCAGCAGUGGGUAUCAGAUAUUGUGACAGAGUACAGUGACAUCACAUCUCACUUUUUGCUUACAACGUCAUAUGAAGGAAGGCCAAUCAAUGGAUUCCGAAUCAGAGGAAGAAACAGUGUUGCCAGUGAUCCUCCUCCCCCAGCGGUGUGGUUUGAGGGCGGUAUACACGCCAGAGAGUGGAUCAGCCCAGCCACCGUUAUGUGGUUUACAGCACAGCUUCUACAAGAUUAUGAAGACGGUGAUGAAUUGGCUAUGAGUAUGUUUGAUAACAUGGACUGGUACAUCGUCCCAUCUCUUAAUCCAGAUGGCUACACCUACACUUGGACUAACGACCGACUUUGGCGAAAGACCAGAUCGGAUAAUCUAGACAGCACAGGUAGUGGUUGCAGGGGAGCCGAUCCGAACCGCAACUUCCCUUUCGGAUGGGCCGGAAACGGCACCAGUCCAUUCCCGUGUUCAAACAUCUAUCACGGCAAAUCGGCUCUCUCUGAACCCGAAGUCGAUGGCGUUGUUGAAUAUCUUCGCAACCUGAAGGCUAAUAACCAGAACUUCCUCAUCUUCCUCGAUUGGCACAGCUACGGACAAUACUUCCUCUCUCCGUGGUCCUACUCGGCCUACGCCCCAAACCCUCCCGACUAUGACGCAAUGAUGGCAAUGGGUAAGGCUGCGAGUGAUGCCAUAGCAGCCGUCCACGGUACAGUCUUUCAGAGCGGCUCAUCCAUUGAACUCUUGAACGAGGCCGCAGGAUCCAGCAAAGAUUGGGGAUACGUCCCUUACGAUGAGACCAGCAAGUUUAGGGGUGGUCUUGGUGCCAAGUACUCUUAUACUGUGGAACUUCGUGACAAGGGAACCUAUGGUUUCCUGCUGCCCGAGGACCAGAUUCAACCCGUAGGGGAAGAGAUGUACGCUGGGGUCCGGGCCAUCGGGGAUUACAUUCUUAGAGAACUUGGCUUUAUUCCGUAGCUUCCAGGUCUUCGUUACACAAAGUUUGGCCAUCAAUGGCGAAACAUAUCAUAACUGCCUCCGUUAUAAUUCCCAUCUAAACAUUCUUCUACAAACCAUAAAAAAUAUAUGUCUUACCAGCAACACUAGCCAACGUUUUAAGAGGACAACUUGUAUCAGCCCUUGUUGAAAAUACAUCAGGGAGUUAGGACAUAACAUUAAAUGUGACUAGUCACCCUCCUCCAAAAAAAAAACAGUCGUCAGGGAAGGUUCUC